CCCAAAGUCGACCCUGAAAAGGCUGGAAAAUUAUUGGCGCACGCGCUUCAGAAACAGGACAUGAAAAACCCAAAACCAGAUGACUCUCGUGUCCUAGAAAUCGAGUGGGUUGAGCGGGACCUCGACAAGGGUGGACCAGACCGUGUGAUCGAUCGCAUCACGACUCGGGAAGACGUCAAGCGGAAUAACAAGAUGCUCAAAAUGUUAGAGAGAGACGAGAAAGACCCAAAUUACGACGAUACAGAGCUGAAAAAGGCGUUGCUGGAUGAUCUCAUGCGGAACCCGAAUUUUGCGAACUUUCGUAAUACUCUGGAAGCAAUGAAGGAAGACCUUUCAUCGGAGCAGGAGCAGGCUCGAAUCGACACCGAGACGGCCAAGGAAAUGCAACCACAACUAGAGAACAUAUCAGCCGCAAUAACAAUGGAACUACACCAAGAGUUUCAAAAGCUCAUCGACGAUCCCGAGUUUGCAGAAGUGAAAGACGACGUGAUUGCGCUUCAAUCGAGGGUGUCCAACCUGGAUGACUUAGAGAACGACGAUGUUCAGUCACAAAUGACGCUAUUAAACGAGAAGUUGGAGAAAAUUCCGGCAUUUGCAAAGAAGAUGGCGCUUUUGGAAUCGAACCAAGAAACAGAGAAUGAGAAAUCGGAGAAAGGAUUGUGGACCUCAUUGCCAGAUGAGAAGCUGAUAACUGGCGAUCUCGAGGUAGAUAGCUUGCUCAGGGAAAUGAAAGGGGUUCUCGAGGGAAUGGGGGGUGACGGCGACUCGAAGCUACGGUCUGAGUUAGAUCAACUUCUCAACGCAAAACCGGUUCAUGAAGAAGAAGGGCGAUUCCAAGACGGCUUCGACGUGAAGGACUUGACCAAUCAUUUACGGAAGCUUCAAAACAUGCCAAUGCCUGAAGAAGCGCAGGAGGAGAAGCUCGAUCCAGAUUUAGAAGCCAAGGUAAAUAAGAUCAUGGACGAUCCCCAGCUUCUACGAAAGCUGGCCUUGAUCAAAGAGAUGAUGGACGAGCGGCAGGCUGAGAUUGGUCCGAUUGCUCAUUCUUCUGCUCCGGACCCCAUGACCCUCGAUCGAUCACAAUUGACAACAUACAAAGAGCGACUGAGAAUCGCUGAAAAUGAUCCUGAACAUGUUCGCGCCAUGAAACGACUUCAGAUCCACCUUCGCCCCCCUUUCUCUGUCUCGCCAGCACUGAAGUCUCUCAACGAAGCCUUGAAGCUUUCGUAUCUCGGUGCUAGCGACGAUGUACGCAGAAUUCUCUGGCGUUCCUACUCUAAGGCUCGUACGAUCCCAACAUUACUUCAGAACAUACCCGACGAUGCAUGGGACAUCUUAUGGUAUUCGCAAGCUGUUACAUGGACUGCCAAUCAGAAUCGACAAGAUCAUCUGCGGAUCUUGCUGCAUGACUUGAGCGCAAUAGGGCGUGACGGACCCCCAACAUCGCCCGAAACUCUC